AUGGACUCUGCUGAGGCUCUUCCGCUCGCCCCGUCGGCGGGAGGAAGACAGUCGGGCAAGAGCUGGAAGACGCAAAAGGCUGCGUCACGCCGUACACAUCUUCCAGAUGGCGUGAAAACUAAGAAGUGGGAGGAAAGGAUGCAGAAAACAACGCGGGCAACCGCAGUCAAGAAGCUCGAGUCAGAGUUGAAGGCAGAAAAGCAGGCCGAAAUCCAGCGGCGGAGAGAGAUCACCCUAGAAAGGAAAAAGGCGGCUGAAGAGCGCCAGCGACUUGAGGAGGACAAGGCAAAGAUGGGCGCUCGCAAGGCCGCGCGGUUAAGACGCAAAGCAGGAAGAACGAAGAAAAUAAACCAGUGA